AUGGCAGGCCACAAAGCCAGACGGAUUGCGAAAGAUCUGGCAGAUAUCCGAGCCGAUUCUGCGUCCAAUAUCUUUGCCGAGACCGUGGGAGACAGCAUCACAGAUCUUAGAGGCUCCUUCAAAGGCCCGUCAGGGACCCCCUACGAAGGUGGCAACUAUGAGGUUUCUAUCAAGAUUCCCAAUGAAUACCCUUUCAAGCCACCUGUGAUGAAAUUUAUCACAAAGAUAUGGCAUCCAAACAUUUCUAGUCAAACGGGCGCCAUUUGUCUCGAUACCCUCAGCACAGGCUGGUCCCCUGUCUUGACCAUCAAAUCGGCCAUGAUAUCUCUCCAGUCUCUCCUCAGUUCGCCAGAGCCCAAGGAUCCGCAAGAUGCAGUCGUUGCCCAACAGUUGAUUAAGAAUCCCAAGGAAUUUGAGAGGCAAGCCAAGGAAUGGGCAGUGAAGUAUGCCGGAGCACCAAAAUCCUUGAUUGGGGAAAGCAGUGGCGGUUCAACCGCAGAGUCGAUCGAGGAAGCCGAGAAGGCGAGCAAAGAGCGUGAGGCAGCAGCAAACAUAGCCGUGUAUGAUGGAUACAACAAAGAGCUCAUCGACCGAUUCGUGCACAUGGGCUUUGAUGUUGAACGAGUUGUAGAGGCGUUCAACUACGUGGGUAUCGACCGAAACGGGGGACAGGACUAUGAACUGGAGGAGGCAUAUAUGGGCGAUAUAACCGCCAGACUGCUUGGUGAACCUUGA